ACAAUGUAUCGGAUCGUCUCCUCCUGAGACGUUCAAGACGCGUCGGACUCGCGGGCAUCGCUGGUCCGGCUGGCAACUUAUGAUAACGGGAGACGAUUUGAGUCGUUUUAAUCCGAAUCAUGUGGGUUUUCGGGUAUGGAUCUCUCAUAUGGAAAGUCGACUUUCCAUUUGAAGAGAAGCGGAUCGGUUAUAUCAAAGGUUUCAGUCGCCGGUUCUGGCAGGGAAGCACCGACCAUCGGGGAAUCCCGGGCAAGCCCGGUCGUGUUGUGACCCUUGUCGAGGACCCCGAUGGCUGUGUUUGGGGCGUGGCCUACAAGCUGCCAGCGGGACGCGAACAGGAAGUGAAGAGCUACCUAGACCACCGGGAAAAGGGCGGCUAUCAGGUCAUCACGGUGACCUUUCACCCCCGCGACCCGCUCACCCCCCAGCCCAGCCAGGCCCUGCUCUACAUCGGCUCCCGGGACAACCCAGACUACCUCGGCCCCGCCCCCUUGGAGCAGAUCGCCAAUCAGAUCGUCGAUGCCGCCGGACCCAGCGGCUGCAACGCGGAGUACCUGUUUGAGCUGGCUGAGGCCCUGCGGACGCUACUGCCCGAGGACUCGGACUCACACCUCUUCUCUCUGGAGAGUCUGGUCCGGGACCAGAUAGAGGGGAGGAAACGUUUGGGCUCGUCCCAAUGUGAGGGUUGCUGAGGGUUUUGAGAAGCCGGUUAGAUGGUUACGGUGUGUUCCAGAUGCCUCGUACACCACCCGCACGAGUUGCUCUUGUGACGUCAUUCCCUGACUUGCAGCACUUACAGCGUUCCCGUUUGUCAUUGGCUAGUCAUUGUUAUUGUUAGCUACAUUAGGCUCUUUAGCAAUCAGCUCGAAAACAAACUACACAACUUUACAUUGUAUUGCACACACAGCAAGACCGUGCAAUCUAGAAAUUGGUGACCGGAAUAAAGUCGCAAUGUAAUCAGGUGUGUAAGAGCAAUAUAAAAAUGACCAACGUGGUACAAAUACAAAGAAAAUUAAUCUCUUUACGGGCACAGCUAUUUUUGUUGUUGAGUCGUACGGUCAACCUCACCGAACUCGGGAUACUCUCACCCUGCGUUCACACCAAAAGAUGCAUUUGCUGCCCGAACGCGUUGACGCCUGAGUUUUGCGGCGCGUCAAAUCAAGUUUUGCGGCGCGUCAAACUUUUGACGCGCGUCAAAAGUUGAAAUAUUUCAACUCGGGCAGCAUUUGACGCGCCGCAAAAUACGUGAACGCGCCCUUCGCCCCGUGCCCGGCAGCGGGCACGGGCAUGCCGCGCCGCAAAUCAGAUUUUGACGCGCCGCAAAUCAAGUUUUGCUGCCCGUUUUCUCGGCAGCAAAUGCUGCGGCAGCAAAGCAGCAACGCGUCUCUACAUUCACUUUCAAUGCGAUCACGACGCGCGUCAACUUUUUGCAUCUUUUGGUGUGAACGCAGGGUCAUACUCUCCUGCGGGUGAUCUACGAGGCAUCUGGAACACAUCAUUAGCUCAUUCUUCUGACAUGAUGUAGCUACUAUAGUAGCAGCCCUGUUGUAGCUACUAUAUAAGCCACAUCAGGUCUGCUAAUAUAGUAGCUACAUCAUGUCUGCUGCUAUAGUAGCUACAUUAGCAGACGUGAUGUAGCUAAUAUCCCCACUACUCUACAUAAAGCAGAGCAGUGUUUUGAAUCCGUCUUGAAGCAGGCCCGGCCAGUUGUUAAAGAAGCAAAUCAGGGGAUGGGCCUUUUCAAACAUGAGAUAGUUUAGCUUUUACAUCCUAUAGAAAUGUGGUAAUACUGUUGGCUCAACCAUGUAGGUAAUAGUCCUUUUUCACCAAGCGGUCAUAUUGGUUAGUUGCGUCAGUAAACCUUCUAGACUCUUACAUUUACAUUUAGGGCAUUUAGCAGACGCUUUUAUCCAAAGCGACUUAAACCAGAGGACCUCAUUGAUGCAUUAUUUAUAGUUCUACACAUACCAAAAGGCACACACAAUUCCUUUUGGAUUAAGUGUUCAUGGUUUACACCAAAGCUAGUAUAAAGUUGACCCACUAACGAUCCAACAUGGGAUCUGUACACCUCCUCGAGGGCUAGGUUUGCGUCAGAGCUGCGUUAGUAGUACGCUACACUCUUUUCUCUGUCCUUGAAGCCAUAACAAGUCCAUGAAUCUAUAUUCUGAAAAAGAAAUUCAAGCAAUAUUGGCAAAGCAUGAAGUAAUUGUCUGCCGCUUCUAAGGAGGACAAGCUGUUCCCUCACAGUCGGCUUUCAUUGUACUGUACAAUAAAAACGAUACUGUUUUGUAAUCAUA